AUGAAUGCCCCUGAGCCAAAAAACAAGAAGAAGAAUGCACAGCAUAAGAAGAAAGGAGGAAAGGAUGCAGACAUUGACGAUAUUGACGCAAUUCUGAAAGAGGUUGAGUUGGAGACGCAGAAACGAGACAGUAGCGCGGCGAAGGGAGGGAAGAAGGCCGGAAAAGGUGGUACGGAGAAUAAUCAUACGGUGCGGCCAGACUCGAAACCACUUUUUAUGAAAUUCGAAGAAGAGGUCAAAUCAUUGAAAUCGGUCGAUGAACAGUUCCCGAAUGCGGACUAUCCGAUUGGUGAGAUAUGUGAGUAUAAAGUGAAUGCAGACGAUCGCACGGCCAUCAAUAGACUCACCAAUGAGGAGAAAAAGGCGUUAGAUUCAUCGUACGAAGAGCUCUAUAAAGACUUUCGUCGUGGUGCUGAAGCACAUCGACAAACGCGUAAAUUUGUUCGAUCGUGGUUGAAACCCGGAUUGAGUAUGAUUGAAAUAUGUGAAAAGCUGGAAGCACAUUCGCGUAGGAUGAUUCGAGAGCAUGGUCUCGACUCGGGUCUUGCAUUCCCAACUGGUUGUUCAAUUAAUCAUUGCGCUGCACACUACACACCAAACGCUGGCGACAAUACCGUCCUACAGUAUAGCGACGUGUGCAAAAUCGAUUAUGGUGUGCAUGUGAAUGGUCGUAUAAUUGACUGUGCGUUCACGGUGAAUUUUGACUCGAAAUUCGAU